AUGCAGUGGCUAAGGAAGCUGGUGCCGAACAAUGGGAGUCGACACUCGCGUUUGAAGACAAAUAUCUUGACGCGGAUCUUACGGCAUUUGGCGUCAAUGAUGCACAUAGUAAAGACAGCCAAGCACUUUUUUUCCCGUGUCCGAUUUACCAUUCAGUUGAAGCUCAAGUUUCCGGACGUGGAUUUCUCAGCUAUUAAGGACGAAGAGGAUAUGCUCUGGACACCAACACACCGUGAGACGGAUGAAGAAAUGCAAGCUCGGGCAAAGCGUUUUUUAGUGGAACUUUUUCAAAAGAUUCCCGAGCAACGUAUUGCUGUUGUCACACACUCGGUCUUUAUGGAAUCGAUAAAUGCUGCCAUUCUAGGUGUCCGAAUGCAUCCUGCAAACUGUGAAGUCUUUCCUUUUGUGCUCGAGGUGAUCUGA